AUGUCAACUGCAUCAGACAACUCGGUCGCUGCGUUUUUCGCAAGGAACAAAAGAGCCAUCUUGGCCACCGUCGCCGCUGGUACGGCUGCUGCCGGUGCGUACUACUACUACACGCAGGUGCAGCAGCAAUUGGAUAGGGACGGUGCCUCUGCAAAGGGCAGCAAGAAGAAAUCGAAGAAGAAGAGCGGGAGUAAGAAGAAACAGGAGAAGAAGACGGAACUGGCAACAGAGACCCCAGUCUACCCUAUCACUGCUUCUGGAGAACCAGAUUUGUCCCAGUUAGACAGUUACACUCCAGAGCAGAGGGAGACCUAUGCGUUGGCCCUGAAGGAUAAGGGGAACGAGUUGUUUAAGGAGAAGGCCGUCGAGGAGGCGAUCAAGUACUACCAGUGGGCACUCGAGUUUAAGAAGGACCCGGUCUUCUACGCUAACAUCUCCGCGUGCUACGUUUCGCUGAACGAUUUUGAGAAAGUAUUGGAAAACUGUAACAAGGCGCUCGAACUGAAACCGGACUACUCGAAGGUUCUGCUGAGAAGAGCCAACACGUACGAGAAUAUGGAAAACUUCGCUGACGCCAUGUUUGAUCUUUCUGUCCUGUCUCUGAACAACGAUUUCAGCGGUGCGUCCAUCGAGCCCAUGCUCGAGAGAAACUUGAACAAACAGGCCAUGAAAAUGCUUAAGGAGAGACUGGAAAACACACAGGACAAAUUCGAACAACCAUUGCCCUCAGACACCUCCAUGGCAUCCUUCUUCGGGAUAUUCAAGCCAGAGACCGAAUUUAAGGGGUACGAUGAGACAUGCGAAGCGGACAGAACUUUGCAGACAGGUCUAUUGGAAUUGUUCGCCGCCACGCAUGUUGGGUUUGUCAAAGCGGACACCUGUUUCAACGAAGCUGUGAACCAGUACCGCGAAUUGUUCUCGAAGGCCUCCGACGAGGAGAAAUUGGCACAGAACUUGAACGAAAAAUUCGCCAUCGCACUUGAGUACUCCGGUAUCUUCAAGUUCUUGAAGAAUGACGUCAUUGGCGCGCAGGCUGCGGUCAACGAGGCAAUCAAAUUGUUCCCCAGAGUCAACUCGUAUAUAUACCUGGCAUUGACCAGUGCCGAUAACGGUGAAUCCUCAGAAUACGUCACCAACUUCGACAAAGCUCUGGAAUUGAACCCUAACAGCUCAGCGACUUACUACCACAGAGGGCAGCUCUACUUCAUCACCCAGGACUACCAAAAGGCAAAGGCUGAUUUCUUGAAGGCCAAAGAACUGGACAACGACAACAUCUUCGCUUACAUUCAAUUGGCUUGUCUGUGCUACCGCGAGGGCGACAUGGAUGAAUGUAAGAAACUGUUUGACGAGGCGAGGGAGAAAUUCCCUGUCGCACCAGAGGUCCCCACUUUCUACGCAGAAAUCCUAGCGGACAAGGGAGACUUCUCAGAUGCAGCUAAACAGUACGACAUGGCGAAGAGACUCGAAGAGGCCAUCAGCGCCAAGACCGGGAUCCGUGUCGGUGUCGCACCAUUGGUCGGGAAAGCCACAGUGUUGGCGAGACAACCAUCCCCAGAAAACUUUGCCGAGGCAACGACUUUGUUCGAGGAAGCUUGCAAGAGGGAUCCAAGAUCCGAGCAGGCUAAAGUCGGUCUAGCACAAUUGCUACUGCAACAGGAGGACGUCGACUCCGCAAUUAAGAUGUUCGAAGAAGCUGCAGACCUCGCAAGAACCACCGAUGAAAAGUUGCAAGCCGUUACAUUCGCGGAAGCUGCAAAGGUCCAGAAGAAAAUCAGAGCAGACCCAAUCAUCAGAGCUAAAGUGGAAGAGGCUCUUGCCGAAUAUCGUGCACAAGGUAUGAUUUGA